UCUCUUUCCACCUCGACCACCUCGCUGCCAUGUCCAUGCUCGUACGCCCCAGGGCAAUUCCUCGCAUCGCCCCGAUACUCGCCCCACAACGCCCGUCCAAGCGGUUCAACAGCUCCUCAACAGCGUCUACAUCUUCACCUGUAUCGCAUGUGGCUUCUGCAGUCGCCGACACAGCCCAUUCCCUUGCGGACAAGUUCCGCGAAGCUGCGAGGUUUAUCAACAGCCCAUCGUACGAUGGAGUGGAGGAGAAGGGUCUGAGGAUGUUGGUGUUUGGAAAGCCGGGAAGUGGAAAGGGUACUUUGAGCUCAAGACUCGUUAAAGAGUACGAUAUCUCAUUUGUCUCCACCGGCGAUGUGCUUCGUAAAGAGAUUGCGGCCAAGUCAGAGGUCGGUCGGAAGGCCGAAGCUGUUGUCGCUUCUGGAGGCCUUGUGUCAGACGAGUUGAUGUUGGAGAUUGUGAAAGCUGAGCUUGACCGGUUAAAAGGAAAGAGCUGGAUCAUCGAUGGCUUUCCUCGCACUUUACACCAAGGCGAGCUUAUUGACACAGUCCUCAACCAGGAGAACCGUCCGUUGAACAUGGUGGUCCACCUCAACGUCCCUGACUCUGUCAUCAUGGCCCGUAUAGCAGCGCGAUGGGUCCAUCUCCCUUCUGGUAGAGUUUACAACACGACCUACUCUGCGCCCAAAGUGCCGGGAAAGGAUGAUGUGACUGGGGAACCUCUGACGAAGCGACCGGAUGAUACACCUGAAACGUUCUCCAAGCGUUUGCAAGCUUACUAUGAGUCGACUGCUCCGCUACUCAAGUACUUUGAAGAGACGUACCCCGAAUCACUCCAUUCGAUAAGUGGUUCAUCUUCCGAUGAGCUCUGGCCCCAACUCGUCGAGCUCAUUGAACCCUUCAACCUCCGGCGCCGCCAGACUCCAGCCGAGAAGGGGCGUGUGGAUGCAGAAAAGGUAAGGAAGCAAGCGGAUGAUUUGAGGGAUAGUAGAGAGGUGGACGUUCCCGGAGAAGGGAAAAAAGUCGUUGCUCGAUGAGGGAUGAGUGUUGAGGUGGGGCUUAUCCUCCAGUGCCAGGGACGGACGUUGGGGGGGGAAAGAUUGGAGAGGCAUGCGGGGCCGCCUGGACUAGGGAAACCAACAGUUGUAGCUGUACAUAAGACAUGUAAGGGAGAAUAC